AAUUCUCAAACAUUAAAUUAUGGAACCUCAAUAAAAACCCAACAGAAAAAAACAUCUUCACUUUUUUAACUCGUGACAAGUGCUAAGCAUUUAAAAGCAAUCGAAAUAAAAUUAAGAAAAAAAAUAACACAACAAAACACUCGAAAAUGUCCGAAUCUUCAUCGUCGAAUGUAACAUCAUUAAUCGCCCUGCCGCUGCUACCACAACAAAAUAAAAUGUUUACAAAACAUUUUCGACGAAAAUCCAUGGAUUAUCAACAGCAGCAGCAGCUGGAGCAAAGCAACAGCAGCUUUACACAUAGCCCACGGCUAACAACAAUGUCCAGUUUAAUAAUUAUUUUUAUUUUGUUAAGUGUAUCAGUAAAUAAGAUAUCUGCCAUUGGUAACUUUGAAUUAGAAAUAUUAGAAAUUUCAAACACAAAUAACCAUUUAUUGUCGGGUUAUUGCUGUGGAGUUCCUUUAGCCUUAAGAAGAACAAAAACAACGGGUUGUCCGCCAUGUUCAACGGCCUUCCGUCUGUGUCUGAAAGAAUAUUCAGCCGCGGAGCAGGGCAUCCCCAGCAUAUCAACCGGAUGUUCAUUUGGCAACACAACCACUGGCAUUUUGGGUGGAUCCAGUUUCGUUCUUAGUGAUCCUGGCCGAGGAGCCAUGAUAUUGCCUUUUACCUUUAGAUGGACGAAAUCAUUUACUUUGAUACUCCAGGCAUUGGAUAUGUACAACACAUCGUAUCCAGAUUCGGAAAGGUUAAUUGAGGAAACAUCUUUUGCCAGCGUGAUUCUACCCUCACCCGAAUGGAAGACAUUGGAUCACAUUGGACGCAACGCCCGCAUUACCUAUCGUGUCAGAGUUCAGUGUGCGGCCACCUAUUACAAUACCACCUGUACGACGUUCUGUCGUCCGCGCAACGAUCAAUUUGGCCAUUACACUUGUGGGCCGCAGGGUGAAAAGAUAUGCUUGAAUGGCUGGAUGGGUGAUAAUUGCGAGAAGGCUGUCUGCAAGUUGGGCUGUGAUCCGGUGCACGGCAGAUGCGACAAGCCGGGGGAAUGUGUUUGUCGUCCUGGCUGGCAGGGACCCCUUUGCAAUGAAUGUGUUGUGUAUCCCGGGUGCAAACAUGGCUCAUGUUAUGGUGAGGCCUGGAAAUGUAAAUGUGAUACUAAUUGGGGCGGUAUCUUGUGUGAUCAAGAUUUAAAUUAUUGCGGCACCCAUGAACCCUGCAAGCAUGGCGGUACUUGUGAGAAUACAGCACCUGAUCGUUUUCGCUGCACAUGCGCCGAGGGCUUGUCGGGCGAACGUUGUGAAAUCAUUGAACAUCCAUGUGCCACCCAGCCGUGCAAGAAUGGUGGGUCGUGUACAGUUAAGGAAUCUCCGGCUCGCAACAGCUCCUCCUUGCCAUCAUUUCGUGUGAUGCGCGGCAUGAGUUCGGCCAUGGGAAAACCGGUGAACCGGCGCAAUAUGCCUGUGUUGGCUGGCAACUCUUCAACAUUGGUUUCCAAUAGCCUGCCACAAUUGACGCCAGCAUCGGAAUUUACAUGUGCCUGUGCCUUGGGCUGGACAGGGCCGACAUGUGAGAUAAAUAUUGAUGAAUGUGCCGGUGGCCCUUGUGAACAUGGCGGCACUUGUAUAGAUCUAAUCGGUGGUUUCCGUUGCGAAUGUCCACCCCAGUGGACAGGCGAUGUAUGUCAAACGGAUGUAAAUGAAUGCGAAAUACCAUAUCCACCACAGCCCACUUCAACAUCAGCUUCGUUAGCAUUGAUUGCUGCCGCAGCAUCUUCAACGUCAAGCGGUGUGGCAAAUGUUACGGCCGCCACCACCACCACCACCAUUGGUGCCUGUGUAAAUGCCCGCCAAUGCAUUAAUCUGCCCGGUUCAUUCAAAUGCAUUUGCCUCGAUGGCUGGGGUGGUCCAACGUGUGCACAAAAUUUCGAUGAUUGCGUGGGUCAGUGUCAAAACGGUGCUACAUGCAUGGAUUUGGUAAAUGAUUACCAUUGCGCAUGCGCAACGGGUUUUACAGGUCGUCAUUGUGAAAUCGAUAUCGACGAGUGUGCCAAUUCGCCGUGUCGCAACGGUGGCGAGUGUGUCGAUAUGAUUGGUAAAUUUAAUUGCAUUUGUCCGCUGGGAUAUUCCGGGCCAUUGUGUGAGACGGCCAAUGAUUAUUGUUCGCCUUCACCCUGCCUUGUGGGUCACUGCAUAAAUACUGCUGGCAGCUAUUAUUGUCACUGUCCCCCAGGCCGAACGGGAAAACAUUGUGAGCAAAUGUUGCCUCACUACAAUCAGUCGCUUUGUAAUG